AUGUUAUCGAGAAUUCUUCAGUUGAACCGAAAUUAUUGUCCUCUGCUUUUUGUCCCAAUGAGAGCACCCGCAAAAAAGAAGAACAUACAGGAGAAAAAGAAAAAGGAAUCAGCUGAAGAUAAAGAUAAAUUGGCGGAAACUAGGUACUUGCCAUAUAUUCCGCCAGCUUACAUUUCUGAUACUGUCUCCUUUUUUAAGGACAAAAAUAAGGUAGAUAAUUUGCUGUCACUAAUUUUUAGCCCCCAAAAUUCAACGGACACUUAUGAAGACCGAGUUGAAUAUCAGAAGAAGUUUGAAAUGUAUCAAAUUUUGAAGCAAAAAGAAGAAGAAAAAUACGAAAGACAUUUAGAAAAAAUGAAAGAAAAAAUUUUCAAGUCAAUUGAAAACCUACCAGAAGAGUUAUAUGAUGAAAGUAUUAAAAGUGGCGAAUUAUUUGAUCAUAAGGAAAUUCAGUUUGGUUUAAAAUAUGAAAAUGAUUUAGUGAACAGUUUGAAUAAUUACAGACAAAAAUUACUCCAUGUGUAUAAGAUCCUGCUUUACCUACGGUUCCCAUUUUACUUAAUUAAAAAAAAGAACCCCAUGCUUUUUUAUAUAAGUGAAAGUAAAGCUAUAAGUCGACAGAAGCAAAUUAAUGCACAAAGGAAAAAAUUAAAAAAAAAAUAA